GGAAAGCAUUCGGUUGAUUUUAUUCAGUCUGUGGCAAUGGGUGGAUGCAUGCGUCUGUGUGCCGUCUUAUUACUAUGGUCAGGGCUUUUGCAAGUUCACAGCAUUUCUUUGAAGUGUGGCCGGGGCUCUCGGAUGUGCAAGGAUGGCUCUGAUUGUAUCCCCUACAACGAACUGUGUGAUGGGGAGCUUGACUGCAAAGAUGGUUCAGAUGAAGAGGACUGCGCUUCAGAAUGCAUUAAAGGUCAGUUCCAGUGUGCUCAUGGGAAAAGGUGUAUAGACGAGGACCAGGUGUGUGACGGUGUUCCUCAGUGUCAGGACCGCUCUGAUGAAAUAAAUUGUAAGCAGCAGAUUGACGGCUGUGUUCUUCACUGUGACCAAAACCAUCGCUGCCUACCUGCAAAGCUCCUCUGUGAUGGAGAGAGGGACUGUUUAGACGGCUCUGAUGAAGCAGACUGCGAGGACCAAGCAAAAGAAGCAUCUGGUUCAACUUCAAUCCCAGUUGCUGUGUCGAUACCUUUCAAGUGUCCAUUGGGCUCCAUGCUCUGCAAGAACAGAGUACAGUGCGUCUCCUACAGCCAUUUCUGUGAUGGAGAAGCUGACUGCAAAGAUGGUUCAGACGAAGAUGACUGCGCUUUAGAAUGCAAUACAGAUCAGUUCCAGUGUGCUCAUGGGAGAAAGUGUGUAGACGAGGACCAGGUGUGUGACGGUGUUCCUCAGUGUCAGGACCGCUCUGAUGAAAUGCACUGCAAGAAGCAGAGUGAGAGCUGCGUUCAUCACUGUGACCAAAACCGUCGCUGCGUUCCUGCAACCUUCCUCUGCGAUGGAGAGCGGGACUGUUUAGACGGCUCUGACGAAGGCAACUGUGAGGACGAAGAGGAAAAAGGACCUGAUUCCGCCUCAUUACCUGCUGUCUCAACACCUAUAAAGUGCCAUUUGGGCUCCAAACUGUGCAAGAACGGCGUACAGUGUGUCGCCUACGACCAUUUCUGUGAUGGAGAAGCUGACUGCAAAGAUGGUUCAGAUGAAGCAGACUGCGCAUCAGAAUGCGAUAAAGAUCAGUUCCAGUGUGCUCAUGGGAAAAAGUGUAUAGACGAGGACCAGGUGUGUGACGGUGUUCCUCAGUGUCAGGACCGCUCUGAUGAAAUGCACUGCAAGAAGCAGAGUGAGAGCUGCGUUCAUCACUGUGACCAAAACCGUCGCUGCGUUCCUGCAACCUUCCUCUGCGAUGGAGAGAAGGACUGCUUAGACGGCUCAGACGAAACCAACUGCGAGGACCAAGAGGAAGAUGUGUAUGAAAAUGAAGGAGGGCCUACUUCAACCUCAUUGCCUGCUACCUUUGACUCCUCAACCCCUAUAAAGUGUCAAUUGGGCUCAAGACCCUGCCAGAACAAAUUCCAAUGUGUCCCCUACAACCAUUUCUGUGACGGAGAAGCAGACUGCAAGGAUGGCUCUGAUGAGGAAGAAUGCGCAUUGUCUUGUGAAACAGACCAGUUCCAGUGCGCCCAUGGAAAGAAGUGCAUAGAGCAAGGCCAGGUGUGCGACGGCGUGCCUCAGUGCCAGGACCGCUCGGAUGAACUGAGUUGUGCCAAGCAGAUGACUGGCUGCGACCACCAGUGUGACGACAAUCUCCACUGUAUUCCCAAAAGCUUCCUCUGUGACGGGGAGAGGGAUUGCGUGGACCUCAGCGACGAGGCAAACUGUGCGGAAAUGGGCUGCAGCCCCACUGAGUUCCAGUGUGUCAGUGGCCAGUGUAUGUCGGCGACUAUGUUCUGCGAUGGUCACCCAGACUGCCAGGACCACUCGGAUGAGGAUGACUGCGCCACCGCGCCAGUUUGCACCACGAAACACAGCUGCCCGCAGAGCAAGGAGUGUCUGGUGCAGGAGUGGCUCUGUGACGGAGAUCUGGACUGUAAAGAUGGCACAGAUGAGAAGGAUUGUCCUGAGCUGCCACUGAACUGUGGCAAAUUCCAGUGGUUGUGUAAAUCCAAGACAAAGUGUGUCCCUGCAGCCUGGAGGUGUGAUGGCACAAAGGACUGUGACGAUGGCAGCGACGAGACUGAAUGUGGGAUGGUGAGCUGCCCCCCUCACCAGUUCCAGUGUGGCAGCCAGGACUGCGUGGAUCAAAUCCACGUGUGCAACCACAAUGCAGACUGCGCAGACGGCUCAGACGAGGGGGUCAGCUGCGAGAUUAAAUGUGCAGCAGACAGCCGCUGCUCUCAGGGCUGCUACAACACACCUCGGGGACCGCAUUGUCGCUGUGCAGCAGGGUUUAGGCUCAUGGAGGAUGGGCUGACCUGUGCCGAUAUUGAUGAGUGUGAAGACCGAUGGCCCAGCAUGUGCAGUCAGCUGUGCAUCAACACUCAAGGCUCAUACAAAUGUGACUGUCACCCGGGCUACAUAAUGGAGACGGCUGGACGCCACUGCAAGAUCACCGGCGAACCCCUUCUGUUGCUGUCAAUCCAAACAAACCUGUUCUUGUUCGGCCUGCGCAGCGGUAGCCUCGACAUGUUGCCGUCGUCGUCUGCCGAGAAGGCAAUCCUCUCCCUGGACUAUGACUGGAGGGACCAGAAGGUAUUUUGGGUCAGUCUGGACACUGACGGCAUCAGGUGGUCAUCCCUGGACCAAAAGUCCACCGGAACUGUAAUUAAAGGUGUCCGAGCUGAUUCUAUUGCUGUUGACUGGCUCGGGAGGAACAUGUACUGGAUCGACGGCGUGAACAGCCAGAUCGUUGCAAUCAGACUGAGAAAAGGCACCGUGAAGUCAGUGGACCACAGCAUUAUCCUGGAUGAAGACCUGGAUCAGCCGCGCUCUCUGGCACUGCUGCCACAAAAAGGGCUGAUGUUCUGGACUGAGAUCGGUAAUGUAGCGAAGAUAGAGCGUGCCGGGAUGGACGGGUCUCAGAGGAUAGCCGUGGUGAACUCCAGUCUGGGCUGGCCGGGCGGUGUGGCCGUGGAUGCCAUCUCUGAACGGGUCUACUGGACGGAUGAAAGGCUGAGAGCGAUUGGAUCUGCAACGCUGGCUGGAGAUGACAUUCAGAUUCUGCAGAUGAAAGAAACAAACAACCCGUUCUCCCUGGCAGUGUUCAAUGACAUGCUCUACUGGGCUGAUGCCAGGAAGCGAGUGGUACUGGCUGCCCAUAAAAAUUCUGGCAAAAAUCUCAAAGUUCUUCUGAAAAGACCUGGACAACCUUUUGGUGUCAAGGUCCUCCACCCAUUCCUCCAGAUGGGUGUUGAAAACCCAUGUGAGAAGAUCAGCUGUUCCCACAUGUGUGUGUUCGCCCCGGGACCCAAGGCUGUGUGCAAGUGUCCCGCUGGUCUCAUACUGGCUGAGGAUGGUCUUGCUUGCUCCACCAUAGUGAAUUCAGCCUACCUGCUGAUGCUGUCUCCCUCUACGGUCACAAAGAUCUACUUGGAGUCCCGACACACGGCAGCAGACCUGCAGGGCUGGCCUGAACACCUGGCCCUGCAGGUGCCUGGCAUCAACGAGGCCACCAUCAUGGAUUACCGCCUGCGCGACCUUACGCUGUUUGUGACUGACGACGGCACAACUUCCCUCAGCGCCUUCCAACUGAAGGGCUCCGACUUGUCCUCUCAGGGCCCGCUUCUGAAACUCCUGGGGAACGCCAUCACCGCCAUGGCCGUGGACUGGGUGACCGGCAACGUCUACUGGAGCAGCAACAAACAGAAUCGCCUGCAGGUGACCUCCAUCCCCAGCGCGCACACCGCCGUUCUCAUAGAGGGAGGUAUUGGCAAACUGGAGUCCAUCGCGCUCCACCCGCCGACUGGACGAGUCUGUUACACCAACGUGCGUCUGCAGGGUGCAGACACGGUGGCUACUGUAGAGUGUGCCGACAUGGACGGGGCCAAUAGGAGCGUGGUGUGGCAGGAUGCUGUCCGCCCCACAUCUCUGGUCUUCUCCAGUAACGGGGAUACCAUUUACUGGGCUGACAAGGGUUUGGGGACCAUCGGCUCUGUCAAGCUCGACAAGUCUGGAUACCGAGAGUUGAAGGCCGGUGAGGGCCUGGCUGCGAUUGCGCUGAGUGAUUCGGUUCUGCUCUGGAUGACUGUUGGUGACAAGAAAAGGCUCUGGUACAGAGAUGAGCAUAAGGAACACAAGUUAUGGUUUGAAGUUGACACCGAGGUGAUCAGCUUAAAAGCGUUCAGCAAGUCCAGUCAGACCGGUUCUAACCACUGCUCAGAAAACAAUGGCAACUGCCACCACUUGUGCCUCGCAACCCCAGCAGGACGGACAUGCAGGUGUGCCCAUGACCAAAUCCUCUUGAAUGCCACCCACUGUGGGCCGGCGCGGCACUGCUCCGAUGGCAGCAGGCAGUGUCUGGAUCGACUCUCAUGCCAGGCGAUUGAGAAGUUCUGUAACGGUCUCGUUGACUGCCACGACCACUCAGAUGAGAACUGUGCCGGUCUGAAGCCUUCAACAGGAGUCGCGGUGGUUGCACCCACCCAGCCCCACAGCUCCUCCCCUCCGCCGUCUUCUCUGCCUGCUGUAAAUCUUUCCGAAGUAACGGGCCUUAACUCCACUCUUGGCGUUAGUGUUCUGGUCAAGAACCUGGACGCCCAGAAGUGCAGCCACAGUCGCUGCAGUGGCAACGGGCGCUGUGUUGAAACGGAUGGAUCCACUGCGUGUGUGUGUUCACUGGCCUACAGCGGUGAAUCCUGUCAAGACCACAUCCUCAAGGCCAUGCAGGGGCCCAUCAUCUACGGUGGCGCGGGGCUCUGUGCGGGAGUGGUAAUCAUUGUCAUGGUGGCAGUUCUGGUGAAGCGGAGACGUGCCAAUACAAGGAGCGGAAGCACGGCAGAGGGGAACGAAACUACUAUGAAGAAUCUGGUGAACAAAGCUGAGGCUCCCGCGAGCACCGACUCUUCCCCAGCAGACGCCAACAAACCAGAGGUUCACGAAGCUGUAUCCCUUGUGGGCUGAGGUUAAUUCCUGGGCAAAGUUUUUAAAUAAACAUUUAUAUUUUGAACGGUU